CAAAAAGAUUUAGUUCGUUCAAUUUGGAGAUGCAACGAUGAGGAGGAUGGAGUCGAUCAGGAACAUCGUUGUUUGGAGUUGGAUUUUAUGCCUUUCCAUAGUAUAUAGUAAUGUCAUUUCGCAAAAUGAAACUCUGCAACAAGGUCUUAUAGGAGGAGACAAAGAAAUAUGCAUGAAGGAGCUUGGUUGCUUCGCUAUAACAGAUGACUUUAAAAGCUUGAUUCACAGACCUAUCAAUGUCUUACCCCAUGAUAGAGCUACAAUUAACACCAAGUGCCUCCUAUACACCAGAAAAAAUGCCAAGGAAUCCCACCAACUUAUUGCUAGUGACCCAACUACCUUCACAGAAUCCCAUUAUAAUCCAGCAAAUCCAACCAAAUUUAUUGUUCACGGCUUCAUGGACAGUGAACUUUAUGGACCAUGGAUGGUGGACAUGAAAGAUGAGUUUUUGAUGCAUGGCGAUUAUAACAUCAUCGUUGUGGACUGGAGUGGUGGUAACAAGCCUCCAUAUUACCAGGCAACAGCUAAUACCAGAGUUGUCGCUGCAGAAAUGGCUUUAAUAGCAAAAGCCUUAGAGAAACACUUUGGAGCUAGGAGAGAGGAAUUUCAUAUCAUUGGUCACAGUCUUGGAGGUCAUAUUGCCGGUUAUACAGGUGCAAGGCUAAAAACUUUGGGACGAAUUACAGGUUGCGAUCCUGCUGAACCUUAUUUCCAAAACAUGCCUCCCAGUGUGCGACUGGAUCCAACAGAUGCUGACUAUGUUGACGUCAUUCACUCCGAUGCAACAGACAUAAUGUUCAUUGGUUUCGGAAUGAGCCAUCCAGCUGGUCACGUGGACUUCUUCCCCAACAAUGGACGCAAUCAACCUGGAUGCAAAUCAGCUAAAUUUAAGUCUUUCAUCACAGAUGGUCUUAAUGAAGGUGCAAGGCGUUUUGCUAGCUGUAACCACCAGCGUUCUUUGGAUUUUAUGCACCACUCUAUUAACUACAGGAAAAUUACUCCCGUUGGAUUUGAAUGCUCUAGCUGGAAAGAUUUCUUGGAUGGUAAAUGCGCUGACUGUGGAUUUGACACCAAGAAAUGCGCCAUCAUGGGAAUCAGAGCUGACGAAUACAAGAAAUUUAGGAACAACUCCAUCCAACACUCAAUGUAUCUCCAAACCUCUGGAAAACCACCAUAUUGGCUGUACCAUUAUCAAAUCAACAUGAAACUUUUCAAGCCCAGAACCUCAUACAAGGAUCUUAAAGGUACACUUGAAGUCACAUUAUACGGAUCUAGAGCAGAUGAACUCUUUAAAGUCCAAGACAAAGCUACUGAUUUCUACCACGGAGCAAGAUAUCAAUACUUGGCUACAACCGAUAAAGAAUUGGGAGAAAUUAAAAGUGUUACCUUGAAGUGGUACAGCUCAUCGAAGAAUCCUAUUGGCAUGAUUUUCAAGCCUAAGCUUUUCGUCGAAUACAUAACUGUCAUACCAAUGAAUUCAGUGGAAGCAUCGCCAAGAAAUAUGACUAACCGAGCCUUCUGCAACAAGCCAGAGAAUGGAAUUGCUCCAAAGACAAUUGCAACUCUCCACAGAAAUGACAAAUGUUUGAAAUAAAAUGUUGGGACAGUUAAAAAAAAGAUGCUGAACUUUUAUAUCUAACAGCUGUACUUUCUGUAGAACAUUGGAACUUUAAUCAAUAAAAGAGAUUUCAAAAUGUU